AUGCCCAUCCCACCCAACGCAUUGGCCUUGGAACCUCCCCCUGUCAUCAAUUCCAUCAGGCAGCAGAUUUUAGCAGGUGCGGACGUAGAUCUUUUUACACUUCUUUCACCACUUUCACCUCCCCAGACUGACAAGCAGAUCAAUUGUGGGGAAUUCACAGUAUCACUAAAAAACACUGCACAAAUUUCUUCUCGCAUUCUAAGUUUGGCCGAAUUCACUAUUGCUUUUUCACGGUAUUUAGAAGUAAUCUGCACAACUUACCCACAUAGGAGACGCGAGCUCAGCGAUUACCUCACAAUAAUCGCGGAGCUCGCUUUAUCACACGGAGGAUCUCAUUUUUACACUUACCACCGUUUAUUUUCCGCCAAAUGCGCCAUUCGCAUCGCUCAGUGGAACCAGUGUCCCUAUUGGGGGGCACUGGACACUGAGAUUCACAGCAGAGUUUUUCUUGGCGUCCAAAACAUCACGUGUGCAGUUUGCCGUUCGGUAGCUCACAACACAAUUUCGUGCCCCGUAGUCAAUCACAAUAUUCCACCAGUCACGGAUUCAACUCACUUUAGAUCCACCAGCUACGUUCCGCACCUAGCAAACCAGCAAAGCCCACUCCCUCACAGAAGUUCCACCGGACAACGCCAAUCCGCUGCAGGAGACGUAUGUCACAAUUUCAACAGCGGGAAAUGCACCAGGAACCACUGCCGUUACACCCAUGUCUGCAGCUACUGUGGAGGAGCACAGGCUCUCAUCAUUUGUCCCAUCAAAAAAUCAAAUAAAAAAUCAUAUAACUAUUUAUCGACUCCUGUCAAUAUUUCCUGUUUAUCCACAGAGUUAGCAUCACAUCCCAACGCUAAUUUCACCAGCUACCUCUUGAACGGCCUCUCGCAGGGUUUCAAUCCCGGCGUAUUAGCUUCGCCCACCUUAAACAUGAUCUAUCCAAAUUUGCAGUCAGCGCUCGUUGAACCCGAAACCGUCGACUUGUUAAUUCACAAAGAGGUCAAUGAGAAAUUCAUCAUGGGCCCCUUUUCCGCCCCUCCUUUCAGUACAUUUCGCGUGAGUCCAAUUGGAGUAGCCACCAGGAAAUUUUCUGGAAAAAAGCGCCUCAUUUUUGACCUUUCUUCACCACACUCUUCUCCUCUCCCUAGCAUUAACAGCCUGAUUCCGCUCGAAGAAUUUUCAUUGAAUUACCACGACAUUGAUCAAGCUAUCACUCUCAUUAAAAAUGCUGGUCGCGGCGCAUGGAUGGCAAAAGUAGAUAUUACAUCAGCAUUCAAAAUCAUGCCCAUCCACCCUGAUUUUUGGCACCUGUUUGGCAUAUGCUGGCGCAAUAAAUUCUACUUUUCUGUCCGAUUAACUUUCGGGUGUAGAAGCAGCCCCAAAAUAUUUGACAUGCUGUCAGAGGCCAUUUGCUGGAUUCUUUCCAAUAACUACGCAAUCCCCCACGUCGUACAUCUUUUAGAUGAUUUUUUAAUCAUAUCUCCUCCAGAUAAUCUCCCAGCCGCCCAUCUCUCGACAGUGCAGGGAGUUUUUCAGAAGCUUGGAAUUCCGCUCGCUCAGGAAAAAACCGCUGGUCCAGACACUUCCAUUAAAUUUUUGGGAAUCAUUUUAGAUUCUAAAAAAUUCCAAGCGUCGCUACCCAAGGAAAAAAUUGUCAGGAUCAUCUCAGUAGCUUCCAACCUGCUCGACAACCCAUCUUGCUCCAAACGCGAGUUACUCUCAGUACUCGGCUAUUUCAAUUUCGCAAUGCGUAUAAUUCCCCAGGGACGCCCUUUCAUCUCACAUCUCAUUUCUCUCUCGACAACCGUAAAUACACUCGAAGGUCUCAUAUCCCUAGACGAGCCAUGUCUUAACGAGCUCAGCCUAUGGGUAAGAUUCCUGAAGCAGUGGAAUGGCAUUUCUUUCUUUUAUGAAAGCAUGAUUUCUCAGCCCACGGACAUUCAAUUAUACACCGACGCCGCCCCGUCCAUCGGUUUCGGUGGCUAUUACAGAGGCCGCUGGUUCGCGUCAACAUGGCCCAAUCAACUUUCUGAUCUCCCAGAGACCCUGUCGUCAUCUGCGCUGUUUGAGUUAUACCCCAUAGUAGUCGCUGCCUUUUUGUGGGGGAAAGAAUGGACCUCAACCAGCAUCGUCAUACACUGCGACAGCCAGGCAGCCGUACAAUGCAUCAACAAAGGUCGCUCUCAUUCCCUCACAUUAAUGCCUUUACUAAGACGUCUAAUAUGGACCGCAGCAUGUGAUCAAUUUUUGAUCUCGGCCACAUACAUCCCCGGCCGUAACAAUACAAUAGCAGACUCUCUCUCUCGAUUUGCUUUCCAGAAAUUCAGACAGCUGGCACCAGAAGCGGACCUCCACCCAACACCAGUGCCUCCUUAUUCAACACUAAUAUUCCCAUAA